GAGAGGGCUAGGGUGGGGGUAGGGUAACACCGGCCCGGCUCAAAAUAGCCCCUCGACAACGAUUAUGACGCGCGACCAAGCCAACGACCGCAAGCACGAUGCGUUUGGUGACGGUACGCCGUGCGACGGCGCCGAGACGAGCCUCGACAGCCUUGAGGCGGGCGACCUCGCGGCGUUCGAGUCGACGGUGGCGCUCCGGAGUCAGCAGCGUCGAAAAAUUGACUUCAAUCCGUCCGAAGGCGACGUGCACGACCGGGAGCGCGGUCGGCCGUGGCGCGUGGCCAUCAACGCCAAAAUCGCAGCGGCCAACGAGCGCGCGCAGGAAGAGCAGUGGGAAAAGCGGCGGUUCGGGCUUGCCAAGCAGGUGCACGAAGGCCUUCUUCACAACUACAACAUUUACGUGGGUAUUUCCGAAGUGAGCAAUGUACUCAAGGUCGGCCAGGACCAGCGCCGGCGGGAAACCCAAGGCGACGUCGUCGAGAACAAGGACAUUGCUGCGUCCGCGAUCCUUGUCGCGGCCGAAAAGUACGACCUCGCUCGCAUUGCAGUCUUGCUCGACAAGGUGCCCAAGAAACUUGGUGAUGGGACAAAAUAGCAUAUCGAGUGCAUGAUAUAUCAGCUUGUUUCUGCUUAUUUCAGCGAGUACUCAUAUUGAAGAUUGGGC